UACAUGUUCUACGCCUUGGCCAUAGUGUGCGAUGAGUUCUUUGUUCCGUCUCUGGAGAAGAUCUGUGAGGAACUCCAUCUGAGUGAAGAUGUGGCAGGAGCUACCUUCAUGGCUGCAGGAAGCUCAACCCCCGAGCUGUUUGCCUCUGUUAUUGGUGUGUUCAUCACCCAUGGAGACGUCGGGGUUGGGACCAUCGUGGGCUCUGCUGUGUUCAACAUCCUGUGUAUAAUCGGAGUUUGUGGGAUAUUUGCGGGUCAGGUGGUCCGUCUGACGUGGUGGGCCGUGUGCCGAGACUCCGUGUACUACACCCUCUCCGUCAUCGUGCUCAUCGCUUUCAUAUAUGAUGAAGAAAUAGUGUGGUGGGAAGGCCUGGUGCUCAUCAUCUUGUACGUGUUUUACAUUCUGAUCAUGAAGUACAAUGUGAAGAUACAGGCCUUUUUCACAAUCAAACAAAAGACCAUUGCAAAUGGCAACACGGUCAACAGUGAGCUGGAAGAUGGUAAUGAUUACUGUGAUAGUAGCUCUGAUGACCCUUCCAUGCCAUUGCUGGGGCGAGUGAAGGAGGAGCCGCAGUACGGCAAAAGCCCAGUGGUGAUGGUGGACGAGGUCAUGAGCUCCAGCCCUCCCAAGUUCAGCUUCCCGGAAGCGGGCUUACGCAUAAUGAUCACCAAUAAGUUUGGGCCCAGGACCCGACUGCGGAUGGCCAGUAGGAUCAUCAUUAACGAGCGGCAGAGACUGAUCAACUCAGCAAACGGUGUGGGCAGCAAGCCACUUCAAAACGGGAGACACGAAAACAUUGAAAACGGGAAUGUGCCCGUAGACAACCCCGAAGACCCUCAGCGGGAGCAGGAGCAGCAGCCUCCGCCACCCCUGCCACCUGCAGAGCCAGAGCCGGUCGAGGCUGCCUUCCUGUCCCCCUUCUCCAUGCCCGAGGCAAGAGGAGACAAAGCCAAGUGGGUGUUCACCUGGCCACUCAUCUUCCUCCUGUGUAUCACCAUCCCCAACUGCAGCAAGCCUCGCUGGGAGAAGUUCUUCAUGGUCACCUUCAUUACCGCCACGCUGUGGAUCGCCAUCUUCUCCUACAUAAUGGUGUGGCUGGUGACUGUUAUUGGAUACACAUUUGGAAUCCCUGAUGUCAUCAUGGGCAUUACUUUCCUGGCAGCAGGCACGAGCGUUCCAGACUGCAUGGCCAGUUUAAUCGUGGCAAGACAAGGCCUUGGUGACAUGGCGGUCUCUAACACCAUAGGAAGCAACGUGUUUGACAUCCUUGUGGGACUCGGCAUACCAUGGGGCCUGCAGACCAUGGUUAUUAAUUACGGAUCCACAGUGACGAUCAACAGCCGGGGUCUGGUCUACUCCGUGGUGUUGUUGCUGGGCUCCGUGGCACUCACCGUCCUUGGCAUCCAUCUGAACAAAUGGCGACUGGAUCGGAAGCUGGGCAUCUACGUGCUGGUUCUCUACGCCAUCUUCUUGUGCUUCUCAAUAAUGAUAGAGUUUAACGUCUUCACCUUUGUCAACUUGCCAAUGUGCCGAGAAGACGAUUAAAGCUGAGCCGCUGCCUGCCGGGAGCUUUCUGGACACUCUGGCGCUGGCAUCCUCCUUUCUCUCCCCUUCCCCACCACGAGUCUCUCCUGCACCGGCAGCCGCCAGUCUGUUCUUUCAAACACUGGAAGGAAGAGCCGUCGUGGUCUUUGGUCAUGGACCAAGCUGCUAGGCGUCCUCCUCCUCCUUGGAGUUCUGGCCCCAAACAGGCAAGGUUCGGGGGCUGAUUUGAGCAGCUUCGCAGACCUCUGAGCUGCCAGCCACAGAGAUGCGGCGUGUGUAUCAUCUCUCGGACACUAGUCAGAAGGACAAAUGUGUGCGGUUUGUCUUUUCUGUUUCGCAGCAUCCUCAGAAAUGAGGUGGUCCAUGAAUACGAGGCCUCCUGGGGCAAGUGCAAAAUAGGAGUGUUGUUCUUAAGUGUCAUCUCUGGGCCAGAGGGUAUGAGUUGGUUACUCAGACAGCGUGUGCUGUUAAGAGCCUCCGACUUCAGCUGGAAGCACUCAUGGUGUGGAAGGGGCAAAGCCUCAACCUGCUGGGGUUCUGGGACCAUGAUGGCAGACAUCCCACCCCUUUUUCUGGAAAAACUGGAAGAAUGGAAACAGCCUUUCACAGCUUUUUCACAGCAGACGGGAGAAAACAAGAAAACAAUAUUCUUAACCACUUUUACUGAUGCAUUCAGAGAAUGAGCAAUGAAAUAUUAAAAAUAAAAUGUCAUGUAGAUCAUCA